AUGGAGAGCUUCCUCUGCUGCCCAACGUGGAAGCUGACUGGCGCCAGCAAUACUGCUAACGCCGCUGACGCCGCUGACGCCGCUGACGCCGCUGACGCCGCUGACGCCGCUGACGCCGCUGACGCCGCUGACGCCGCUGACGCCGCCGCCCGCUGCAGCCGCAGACGCCCCCCGCUAGUGCUGUCACCGCUGCAACCUCUGCUGCUGCCCGCUGCCGCCUGCCACCGACUGCCACCGCCUGCCUGCCGCUGCCUGCAGCCACUGCCCACCAAUGCUGCCACCGCCGCCUGCCACUGCCUGCCUGCUGCCGCCACCAGUCAGUACUACCACUGCCGUCUGCCACUGCCGCCCCCUGCUGCCGCUUACCUCUGCCUGCCGCCGCCACCUGCCUUCUGCCACCCACCGCCCUUGCCUGCGCCUGCAGCCUGCUGCCCGCCGGCAUCCAUGACCGCCUGCCUGCCGCCGCCGCCGUCUGCUGCCACAGCCUGGCUCCACCGGGCCCAGCUACCUAACCCCGAGAAUCCUGAACCUGCUACCUUUUACCUGCCGCCACUGCCUGCCUACCGCUGGCGCCUGCAGCCCGCUGCCCCCACUGCCUGCCUCCGCUGCAGCCUGCCUCCUCCUGCCACCUUCCCGCGCCACCUGCCUCCGCUGUCUGCCACCGCUUCCUGCCACUGCCGCCUGACACCGCUGCCGGUUGCCCGCCACGGCCCGCUGCCGCUUCCUUACCACCGCCGCCUGCUGCCGCUUACCACUGCCCGCCACCGCAGUCCGCCACCAACGCAUGCCUACUACUGCCGCCUCCCAACAGUUGCAAUUCCCGCCUUCCUAACACUGCUGCCUGCGGCCACCACCUGUCCCCGCCAACCGCCUGCCACUGCUUCCUGCCACCACCGCCUGUUGCCAUCUGCGGCUACUGCCACCAGCCUCUGCUGCCUAACCUCGACGAUGGUUGCCAACGUUGCCUGCCUACCGCCGCCACCUGCUGCCGCUGCCCCCUGCAGCCCGCUUGGCCCCACCGCCAGCCGCUGCCACCUGCCGCCGCUGCUGUCUGCUGCCCUCACUGCCUGCCCCCGCUGCGGCCCGCAUCCCCCUGACACCUGCCCCUGCCGCCGCUUUCUGCCACCGCUUACGCCCGCCACGGCCUGCAGCAUCGCCGCCUACCCCCGCCUACUGCCACUUACCACUACCCGCCACGGCAGCCCCCCGCCAGCACAUGCCUACCGCUGCCGCCUACCUAACGCUGCUGCCUGGACCUGCGCCUGCCGCCGCUUACCACUGCCUGCCCCCCCGGGGCCUGCCGGCCGCCACUACCUGACCCCACCACUGCCCGCCGCCACUUCCUGCCGCCACUGCCUGUUGCCACCUGCGGCUACUGCGUACCCCCAGUGCUGCAGCAUGCCUGCAACUGUCUGCCAGCUGCCUGCCGCAGCCUGCCUGCCCCCGCCCACUGCCGCCGCCGCCGCCUGCUACCUCCUUCCACCGCCCGCGGCCCUGGCCUGCCUGCCGCCGCCGCCUGCCUGCCUGCCGCUUCUUACCCAAGCCCGCCACCGCUUCCUGCCGCCGCCUAGCGUCCGCUGCUACCCAACGCUGAAGCCGACUGACGCCAGCACUACUCCUGACGCCGCGAACGCCGCGGACGCCGCUAACGCCGGGGACGCCGCCGCCCACUGCAGGCGAGGACGCCACCCGCUGGUGCUGUCACCACUGCCACCUCUGCUGCUGCCCGCUGCCACCUGUCACCGACUUCCACCACCUGCCUGCCGCUGCCUGCCACCGCCUCCUGCCACCGCAUGCCUGCUGCCGCCACCAGUCAGUACUACCACUGCCGCCCCCUGCUGCCACUUACCUCUGCCUGCCGCCGCCACCUGCCUUCUGCAACCCACCGCCCUUGCCUGCGCCCGCCGCCUGCUGCCCGCCGCAUCCGUGGCCGCCUGCCUGCCACCGCCGUCUGCUGCCGCAGCCUGGUUCCACCGGGCCCAGCUACCUAACCCCGAGAAUGCAUGCCAAAGCUGCCUGCCUAACCCCACCGCUGACAGCACCGCCGGCCUAACGCUGCCACCUGCCAAUCGCCACAGCUGCCGCCUGCCUAAUGCUGAUGUCUGCCACCUGCCUGCUGCCACCACCUGCUAUAUCCUUGCACCACCCGCGGCCCUUACCUGCCGUGGCCUGCCUGCCAGCCGCUGCUUACUGCAGCCUGCACCUGCUACCUCUUAUCUGCCGCCACUGCCUGCCUACCGCUGGCGCCUGCAGCCCGCUGCCCCCACUGCCUGCCUCCGCUGCAGCCUGCCUCCUCCUGCCACCUUCCCGCGCCACCUGCCUCUGCUGUCUGUCACCGCUUCCUGCCACUGCCUCCUGACACCGCUGCCGCUGCUUCCUGUUGCCGCCUGCCUGCCGCUUGCCGGGGCUUGCCUGCCUGCCGCCCCAGCUGCCUGCGUCCCACCGCUUCCUGCCGCCGACGCCUGCUACCUCCUCGCACCGCCCGCCUCCCUUGCUUGUGGCUGCCUGACUGCCAGCCACUGCUUACCACAGCCUGCCCGCGCUGCUGCCUGCUGCCACUGUCGCCUGCCCUGCCGCCUGCCUUCACUUCCUGCCGCCGCUUCCUGUCACCACCUGCCGCCGCCGCUGCCCCCUGCCCCGCCGCUUGCCUUCGCUUCCUGCCGCCGCUUCCUGUCACCGCCUUUCGCCGCCAAUGCCGCCUGCCCCGCCGCCUGCCUUCGCUUCCUGCCGCCGCUUCCUGUCACCACCUGCCGGCCCGCUGCCACUGCCGCCUGCCUUCGCUUCCUGCCGACGCUUCCUGCCACCUCCUGCUGCCAAGCUUCCGCCACUGACACCCGCUGCCCAUCGCAGACGCUGCUGCUGACCGCCGACAUGGCUGGCCCACGCUGCCGCCCUCUGCCGCCUGCUGCUUGCUGGCGCUGGCUGCCCAGCGCUGACCCUGCCCAUACCACCACCGGGCCGCUGCCCCCGCCAGCUGCUGCCAGUUACCGCUGCCUACCGCCCCAGCUACCUGCCCGCCACCGCUUCCUUCCACUGCCGCCUGCCACCCUUGCCUGCAUCCCCUUGCCUCCGCCUGCCUGCCCGCACCCCCUGCUGCCAUUUACCGCUCUCUACCGCCGCCACCUGCAGCCCGCCACCUGCCACCUCCUCUGCUGCCACCAGCCUCCGCUGCCUAAACUCGACGGUGCCUGCCAACGCUGCCAACCUACCGCCGCCAACUGCUGCCGCUGCUCCCUGCAGCCCGCUUGCCUCCGCUGCCUGCGGCCACUGCCGCCUACUUCCCAAACUGCCUGCCCCCACUGUGGCCCGCCUCCCCCUGCCACCUGCCCCCACCUGCCGCCGCUUUCUGCCACCGCUUAUGACUGGCUGCGAUUAUCAGCCGCCGCUUCCUGCCUGGGCCCUGGGGCCUGCAGCCCGCCACGGCCUGCUGCUUCUUACCUACCACCGCCGCCUACCACCGCCUGCUGCCACGUACCAUUACCCGCCACGCCAGCCCACGGCCACCACACGCCUAUCGCUGCCGUCUACCGAACGCUGCUGCCUGGCUCUGCCACCUGCCGCCGCUUCCUCCCGCCGCUUACCACUGCCUGCCCCCGUCUGCCACCUCUUGCCGAUGCCGCCGCCUGCCUGCCCCUAGCCGGGGCCUGCCGGCCGCCACUACCUGCCCCCACCACCUGCCCGCCGCCCCUGCCUGUCGCCACUGCCUGUUGCCACCUGCGGCUACUGCGUACCCCCAGUGCUGCAGCCUGUCUGCAACUGUCUGCCACCUGCCUGCCGCAGCCUGCCCGCCCCCGCCCCCUGCCGCCACCGCCGCCUGCUACCUCUUGUCGCCGCGGCCCCCUGCCUGCCUCUGGCCGUGGCCUGCAAGCCGCCGGCACCUGCCCCCACCACCUGCCCGCCGCCGCUUCCUGCCGCCACCACCUGUUGCCACCUGCAGCUACUGCAUGCCCGCCGGCGCUUCCGGCGCCCCUCCCCACGCUGACUCACUCUGCCGCCGCUACCCUCCUGCUGCUGACCCCGCCCCUAUCGCGGCGCCUGCCUCCCCCGUCGGUGACUCCGGCUGAAGCCAAUGGCACCUGCUGCUGA